AUGAGCCCGGCAGCUCCCCGCAGCGGCGGGUCUACCGGAUCAGUCAACCUCCGUCUCGAAGGGACUGUCUCCCAUCCCCUUUGCAGCCUCUAUGGAAACCCGGCCAGAAUUAGAUCGCUGUGGCCAGGUGCUGCCCCAGCCGGACCGUACACGGUCCGGGACCCGGUUACUGGCCCGGGGUGUGCAGUAUGGAACGGUCGGAAGCUGCAGCUAGCGAGUGGGCGGGGCGAGCAGGCCUGGGAGGGCUCAAAGGCGAGGUGGAAGGAUACACGAGCCACGGCCGGAACUACUUUCAGGAGGAGGUCACGUGUGGUCCUAGUUGGGGAACUUUCCAAAUUCCCAUUCCCGUCUGUGUGCUCCUGAGGCAAGAGCUUGGACCCCUCUGCUCUAUUAGAUGGUCACUCCAGGUGGGGGCGGCUGGACCCCAGCUCUCCCCGGUCGGAGCGGAGAAAUGCACCCACGAGCGGUCCGCAGGAGCGCUGUCAGGGCCAACGCCUGGGGAGCUGGUUACACAAGCACCCACAUCCAAGCACGUGCCCCCGCCACCCCUCUCUGUUGGCUGCCGCCGGUUUGUGUACGGUGACGGGGAGAGUCCCCAGCCUGUUCCUCCCUUUCGCUUGCAACCCAUAGAGCGAGCCAGAAGGCCGAGACACGAGACUCCUGCUCUGGAUCUACCCACCCCGCGCGUUCCCAAGCGUGGGAGAAGAGGCUGGGCCUUAGGGGGUCUGACGCAUCUCCUUAGCUAAUGCAGUGGACCCUCUCUAGAUCUGUACUCGCGGGGCAAAAGGGUAUCUCCUGUUGCCGCUGGCUGCCUGAGCUUACCGAUGUUGCAACAAACUUCCAGUCACUGCCCCUGAACUGGUGAGCGCGCCCCACCUACUGUAGACUCAGCCAAGUGACUUAUCUGAGCACCUAGUCAAUGGCUGUCCGCCCAGAACAAACCUGUCAAGUAGAAGCUUACUGCUGGGAUUGGCUGACCUGUCGCGGUCGAGAGAGCUGGUUCAGAAGUGCUGAUAACUAAGGGCAAGCCCCUCCUCCCCGACCAGCCAGCCACAAAACAAGCGAUCACCUUGAGCUUGGAGAAAAAUGACAUCAGCACCAACGCUGGGAUUUCUUCCUUUUUGUUCUUUUCCCAGAGGACUUAGUUCUCAGGGUAACAAUUCGAGUCCGAAAGCAUCUGAUUUGAGACCUAAGCUAAGGCACUGGGUCGCUUCAGAAAUCUGGAGAUUAGUAAUCAAUUAUCAUGGGUAUUGCAGUAAUUGCGACUAGGUGUCUAGAAAGGCCAGCAGAGGGUUUAUGAAGUAUAGGAGAAAGAAAAUUGCGUAUGUGCACAGCAUAGUUGCAGGCAGCUCCUGAAGCCUAGAAACCUCAAGAGGCCUGGCUCAGAGAGCCAUGGGCCAUUACCUAACUCCAAGACUGCUAAUUAAACCAGGGAUAUUUACAGUUCUAUUAGCGAUCUCUGAGGCUACUCAAAGCUUGUAUUUAGAUGCAUCCUUUUAAGAUCUCUCUGCAGGAGUUAGCAGCUCAAGCUAAGCAAGCAUUGAUGUUUAUUGCAGGCUGUUUUUGUGCACAGUUCUUCUGGUCAGUUGGGGGAGGCAGGGAAUACAGAUGAGGGCAAUUUGAAAACAAUAGAAGAAAGGCCUGCAUUUGGUUUCUAAAGAUGUAAAUAAAUCUCACUCACACAGCCUACUCUAAGAUGGAGCUCUGUUUUAGAUGCAACCCCCAAAGUCAAGGUGUUACAUGAGAUGCAUAGUUAAAAACCUAAAUUGUGCCCAGUGGAGUGUCUACUACUCAUUGGUGGGAAAAAUAAGAAUGAAGUUACAUCAAGAGAAGUAGGUUGAGGAGGGGAAAAUACCUCACGUUAGUGCUUGUCCCCAGAGUCCCCGUUACUAGCAUCACCCUAUUUUGCCUCUUCCCCGGAGCCAUCUUGUGUGACAUAAUCUAAGAGUGUCUAAGCCACUCUGAAAGCUUCCUCUAAAGACAGGCAAAGGCUUUUAUUCCUAAGCUUCCUGAUGCUGGGCUGGAGGAAAGGGGACACUUUUCUGUUUCCAGAACAUCACUCUAGAGCACAGGGGAGGAACAUCACAGCAUUGAAGUGCUGGAACAUGACACCAGCCCACAGGCACUUCCAAGUGAGGGAAGAAGCCGGAAACCAGUCAGCUGCUUCCCUGAACCCAGGUUCCUCUACUCUCUAGUGGUUAAUGAAUAGAUAACCAUGUUGGCUGGUGUAUGGUCAGGCUGGCAACGUCAGAUUUUGUUCGGAGUUUCCUCUCACAGUAUAAUAUGUUUCUGAAAGAAAUACUGAUGUAGCCUUUUUUAAAUGUUGGUGUUUU